AUGAGUAUUGUAUAUGCUGCAAUUGCCUGCGGACCACGCGUGCUUUGUGAACAAAGCGUCGGAAGUGUAGACUAUAGUAAAGAUGUUCGACAGCAGUUAGAGAGUUCCAUUCAAGAAUAUGUGACAUUUCCUCUUGGACCAUGCACUUAUAACUGCUAUAACUCGAAUGGAAUAUCGUACAUUGCUGUUAGCGAGGCCGCUGCAUCCCAGCAACAAACCCUUAAUUUUCUACGAAAAUUACAAGCCCUUUUCACAGCCGACCCAUCAAGAGUUCUCGAAGCCCAAUCCGGUUCCGAAUACUGCCAUCAGGUUGAUUUUGGGCGGAUACUUUCAGACGAGAUGGUUCAAUUCAGCAACCAAGAUAGGACUCGUUUAAUGCAACUACACGGUCAAGUAGCUGACGUCUCUAUGCUGAUGCACCAAAAUAUCGUCGAUCUCAACGAACGCGGGAAUAAACUGGAUGAUCUCUUUGAUAAAACAGAGCAAUUUGAGGCUGACGCACAGAUGUUCCAAAGCACAGCAAAAAGGGUGAAAGAGAAGACUUAUUGGGAGAACUGUCGAAUGCGUCUUCUUCUGUUUGGCGCCAUUUUUAUAAUUGUGCUGGUUAUCCUUCUUGUCAUUCUCUGGGGCUCUGGAGUCUUCAAUGGAAGUUAA